CCUGCGACGAGGUCGUGCUGCUAACUCCGCUAACCGACCGAAGACCCACGUCACCCCCGCGCGGGGCUGCUUUUAACGGUCGCCAAGGUCGGUCGAGCUCACCGCGGCGGCCCGCCGAAGCCUCGCCGAAGCCGCAGUGUGCGCGUGUGUCCGUUUGGAUGCGGGUCGGUCCGCUUGUUGACGUCCAUGACGAGGACGGAUGUGUCCGCGCCUCAAAGGACGUCACCAGCUAGCGGGACUUUUCCGCCGUUGUUUCUGUUUUUUUUUUAGUGUGUUUUUCUCCCCCUCUGUCCCUCGGUUGGGAUGAAGCUGCAGUGUGACGUCGAGGUGGUGAAUCGGAUGCUCCCCUCGUUUGGGAUGAAAAGUCGAGGGAAGGGGACCCGAGCGGUGCUGUCCAUCGGGAAGCAUUUGGACAAGACGAGCCAACGCAGCAACAUCUACAUGAUGAUCUGCACAGCUAAAGACCGAGCGGGCUCCAAGUACAAGCUUAAAGACAACAUAGAGAAGUUCUUCACUUGGUUCGUGGAGGAAGGCAAGGCCACUGUGAGAAUAAAGGAACCCGCCGUUGACAUUUGUUUGAGCAAGGCGGACGCAAAUAGCCUAAAGAACUUCCUCUCGGCGGCCCGCCUCGCCGACAGAGGAAGCGUCACGAGUAGCCUUCCUCUCUCCACGCUCACUCCCGUUCGCGCCAGAGACGUUGAGCAACCCAAGAAGAAGCUCACCAUCGUCUCCAAGAAGGACUACCCCCUCACCUCCAACUUCCCCUACUCCCUGGAGCAGCUGCAAGUCUCCUACUGCAAACUGUCCCGCGUGGACAUGCGGAUGCUGUCUCUCAAAGCACUCCGCAAGCUGGACCUCAGCAACAACCACAUCAAGAAGCUCCCGGCUACCAUCGGGGACCUCGGCUGCCUCUCCGAGCUCGUCCUCCACAACAACCACCUGGAGGCCUUCAGCGAGGCGCUGUGCCUGUCCACGCUGCAGCGGACCCUCCAGCUCCUGGACCUCAGCCAGAACCGGCUGCGGUGGCUCCCGCCCCAGUUCUGCCAGCUCAAAGAGCUGGUGAACCUCAAGCUGGACGACAACGAGCUGGCCUGUCUGCCGUUCCGCGUGGGCCGGCUCUCCAAGUUGAGGUUCCUGUCGGCGGCGCACAACCAGCUGGCCGCGUUGCCUUCUGACUUCCGUAAGCUCAGCCUGGAGAACCUGGACCUGUUCGGGAACCCGUUCGUCCAGCCCAACCCACUCGACCACACGAUGAAGCUCACGUUCCCGCUCCCCCUCCAAGAGAUGGCUUCCAGAGCCGUGGCCGACCUCAGGCUGCCUUACGGACCUCACCUCAUCCCCGCCCACUUGUGUCGAGACCUGGAAGUCGCCAAGGCGUGCGAAUGCGGCCGCGUCUGCGUCAAUUUCUACAUCAAGACGGCGGUUAGCAUGAACCUGCACCAAGUCUCCCACACGGUGGUCCUGGUGGACGACAUGGGGGGCACGGACGCUCCGGUGCAGCAGCACUUCUGCUCCCUCUCUUGCUACUCCCUGUUUUUAGACAACUCGCUUCAGAGGGGAAUCCGAUAAGGAAGGACAAACACUGUUGCUUGACAGGAAAUGCAGGGCAGAUUUUGCAACAGCUCUCGAGUGGACGGAUACGGUCGGGCUUUGGCUUCCAGGCCAAAGGAGAGUAUUGACCCUGUCAAGAGCUUGAAGCAGUCAUUCAACUUAUGUUGCACUUCCUCUCUUACGGGCUCCAUCUGUGACCUGAAGGCAGUGGCUUCAUGUAACGACGGCAGGCAGACACACUGACACAUGACAGUUCUCCCAGGCUGCUGGUAAAUGUCACAGGUCGUCUUUCCUGAUCUUUCUGCCUCUUAAAGCGGACUGCAGGCUCCUCUGCUGACCUACUUCUACUAGGCAAGGGUAUAAAGACAUUAGAUUAAUUGGAGUUUUUUCAACAGUGCCUCAGGGUCAGUGAGCGUUGCCUAAAGGGAGAUGGUUUUUACUGCUAAUGGCUGACUAUUUU